GGAGAAAUUAAUAUUAAUGAAGUAAAUGAUGUUAAAAAGAUAAUGCUGAUGAUUUUAAAGAAGAGAGUAAAGGUGGAGGAAGGAUUAAGUCUACAACAAGAGGGAAGGUAGAUAUGUCAGUGGUAGAUAAAGUUAAACAGGGUAGAAAGAAGUCAGGUGAUGUUCUACAAGAAACAAAAGAUAAAAAGAAUGUUGUUGAGGAAUUAUUAGAUGGAGAAUCGGCUUCAGGUAAUGAUGUGAAUUCGGAUGAGGAGUUUCUCAAUACCAGAAGACGUGGGUGGAAGGAAACGUAAAUCAACAAGUAAAUUUCAAGAGUGGUCAAAGCGGUCCAGAAAAGGUGUCACAUACGAUGAUAAUGAAAACACUGAUGAAAAAGAAAAUAAGGCCAGAAACCAGUGUUUAUCAUGCAUAAAAUGUGGUAAACAGUUGUUACCACUAGGUCAAUAUGAGAAGCAGAAAAAACAUCCAGAAUUUUUGUCUUGUGUUUUCAAGAAGAACACAGAGCUGAUAUAUUUUCCCAACAUGAAGACCAAGGAUUGCCAAUUACAAACAGUUGAUUCUGAAACAAAUAACAAAGGUUUAUUGUUGAACAGUGUAUAUGACGAGACAUUAGGAUGUUGUAUACAGUAUUUACAAUGUAGACAAUGUAAGAAUGAUACAGUGAUUGGAGCUAGAGUUCUGCUGGCAGAUUCUUCCUCGCAAUAUACAGCUGGACAGCUUACAGGAUCAUGGAAUAAGAUGUCAACUCGUAAACUUGUAAUGUUAGAACCUAGAGCAGCUGAUAGGGAAGAUUUUGAUGGCAUGAUGAAAGCGUUCUACGAGGUUGUCAAGGGAGAUCUAUAUAAUCCUUAUCUGGAUGAAGGUUCAUAUUUGAAUGUGACUGUUUUAGAACAAUUAAUAAAGCAGAAUUAUAGCCUCUUUCUGAAACUAGAAAACUCCUGGUUGAAGUUUUGCAUGCAAUGUCAUUGA